AUGCGCAUUCGCCUACAGCCUCGCAGGAGACCUCAAGUUAAGCGACUCCCAGGUAAGCUGAAUACUGCUUUGUUGUCUUUGCCAACUCAACACGUCCAUUCCAGCAACAAACUAGCUCAACGGCUAGGCAACCUACCAGGCGCUGAUGCCGCUGCCGCCGCUGACGAGAACGCCUCCGUGGGGAACCGAUGGUGUUAACUGCGGGACACAGUCCAGUCGACGGCUCUGGCUGUCCUCGGUCGCGUACGAAGCAAGCAUCAGGACUGGCUUGAUGACAAAAACGCCGCCAUCAGCAACCUGCUCGCCGAGAAGAACCGUCUGAACAAAGCCAGCGUCAGUCGCCCUACUGACGACAACAGAGAAGCCUUCGACCGUAGUCGCCGACUUGUGCGACAGCGGCUGCGGGAGAUGCAGGAGGCCUGGAUAGCUCGCAAGGCCGAGGAGGUCCAAGGAUACACGGACCGCAACGAAUAGAAUAAUUUUGUCCCCGGAAUAAUGGAUGUAUACGACCCCACAACCUAGGAAAUUGCUCCUCUUCUCAGCGCCGACGGCAGUACCCUACUUACCGAGGAGACUGAAAUCUUUCAGUGCUGGACCGAGCAAUUCAUAAGCAUCCUCAACCGUCUCUCCGCCAUCUCCGACGCCGCCAUCUUCCGUCUGCCUGGAGUGGAGACCAACGCUGACCUCGACCUCCCGUCGCCUCUCCAUAAAACCAUCAGGGCCGUACAGCAGAUCUCCAGUGGGAAAGCGCCCGGAUCAGACGCGAUCCCUGCUGAGGUCAACAAGCAUGGGGUCUCCCAACUCAUGGAUCAUCUGACGGCGCUCUUCCAUGAGACGUAG